AUGAAAAAUCAAAAAGGACUCUACCUUAGUUUGAUUCAACCCAGACCGUUGGGUUCUCGUACAACAUCUGCACUUAGCAACGCUCGCAUGAUUGAUGAUCUAAAUUCUGUACAAUAUCCACCAAAUAUCAGAGCUCCUAAUCCUAAUUUAAAUAUUAAUUCUUUACCCGGAAAAUAUAGAUAUGAUCGUAUCUUCUUGAUGCAAUUCAUGAAUAUUUGUAAAGAGAGACCAGAAAAUUUAUCUGAGUCCGAUGCUAAGAUUGGUAUGGAUAUGACUAGGGAUGACAAAAAAAAGUCAAAGACAAGUCGUAAACAUGAUCGUACAAUUACAACUUCUACACUUAGUAAAGCUCAUAUAAUUAAUGAUUUAAGUUCUGUGUAUCUAAAUUCUGUGAAUGUUUAUAAAGAGAGACCAGAAAAUUUAUUUGAGUUCGAUGCUAUGACUGAUAUGAGUUAUCUUAGACAUGAUCGUACAAUUACAACUUCUGCACUUAGCAACGCUCGCAUAAUUAAUGAUCUAAGUUCUGUGCAAGAUCCAUCAAAUGUUAAAGCUCCUAAUCCUAAUUUAAAUAUUAAUUCUUUGCCUGGAAAAUGUAACUAUGAUCGUACCUUUUUGAUGCAAUUCAUGAAUAUUUGUAAAGAGAGACCAGAAAAUUUAUCUGAAUCUGAUGCUAUAAUUGGUAUGGAUGUGACUAAGGAUGACGAAAAAAAGUCAAGGGAGAGCCGUCGUAGACGUGAAAAAAACGAAUAUCAGCUAUCUCAAACCGAGGGACAAGAAAAAAUUACAUCUUUUGAGCCUAUAGAGGUUCCUGGCGUAGCAAAUCCCAUACCUAGAACGUCAAAUGAAUUAUUCAAAUCGAAGUUGUUAAGAAGAGCCGUCGUAAACGUAAAAAAGAUAUCUCAAGAUAAAACUACAUUUAGAGCGUUAGAUGAGUUUAUGCCAAUUGAAGUUGUCCAACGUAAAGUGAAGGCCCUUUUAAACAAACUAGCAUUAGCAAACUUCGAUAGUAUAUCGGACCAAAUUAUUGAUUAUGCGAAUAAAUCUAGAUUUGAAAGAGAUGGUCGUAUAAUUAAAGAGAUUAUCCGACUUAUUUUCGAGAAAUUUGUUGAUGGGCCAGCUUUUAUUCAAACAUAUGCACAGCUUUGUCGUAAAAUGAUGGAAAGAGUUGAUAUUGAAAUAGUGGAUGAGAAUGUUAAAAACUCCAAGGGCAAAUUUAUUCAAGGAGCUACAUUAUUCAGGAGGUAUCUACUAAAUAGAUGUCGAGAAGAUUUCGAAAAAAGCUGGAAGUUAAAUCUUCCAAUUCCUUCAAAUGAAAAAGGUGAACCUGAUAUUAUGUCAGAUGAAUACUAUAUUGCUAAAGCAAAAAGACGUGGUCUUGGUUUCAUACUCUUUAUUGGUGAACUAUUUAAGUUGAAUAUGCUUACUGAGCGCAUAAUACACCAGUAUAUUAAAAAAUUUUUAACAGUUCAUGGAGUUCCUGAAGAGGAGGAAAUGGAAGGCUUGUGCAAACUCAUGACGACAGUAGGACAACAACUUGAUCAUGCGAAGGCGAAAACACACAUGGAUGCCUACUUCCUUCGUAUGGAUGACAUGUCCAGAAAUACGAAGUUGCCCAGCAGGAUUAGGUUUAUGAUUAUGGAUGUUAUUGAUCUUCGAAAUAAUAACUGGGUGCCACGACGCGACAAUAAUAACAUCUAA